CUGGGGCAACAACACCCCUUGGCACAGCCAUAGCACCCCUGGGCACGGGUGUAUAAAGGCAGGUGCUUGGGGGUGCAAAGCCAUGGUGUGGGGGCACAGCCAGUGGUGGCAGGGGGCACAGAGACAUGCACAGGAAAACAUGGAUACACCUCUGGAUGGGCCAAGUCAGUGUGGGCACAUGGGUAGGGACAAACAGAUGUACAGCUGGAUGCUGAGGCUGGCUGUGCCCCCCACCAUCCCCUCAGUGCCUUGACACUGCCAGACCAUGCUCAGUGGCAUUCACAGGUGGCCCCAAACCAGCCUUGGGGGACAAAGCACCCUGAAGCCUCACUUGGGUUCUUGGUGAGGGCACUGGGGAUGGAAGCUGUUGUAUGGACCUGCAUCCCGUCUAAACCCAGGUUGAGGCUGGAUGCCUGUGCCUCCAGUCUCCUUCUUUGCCCUUGAGGAAUUGCCACAGGCACAGUGGCCCUGCCAAAGUCCACUAUCCCUCCCUGGGGUGCUGCUGGGCAUCCUCUGCAUCAGUUUUCCUUGUGCCCUGGUGGGUGGGCACUCUGCCAUGGUCUCCCUGAGCUAACCCUGUCAGUAUUUCACUCUUGACAGUAUGUGGGCAUUCACUCCCUGAGGACAUGAUGGGGUCCCACCUGGGAUUGUCUGGAGGCAGCUGGCUCAUUCCCAGGCGAGGGCUGGGGGUGGCCUGGCACUGUCCAUCCCUCUGUGCUGUCCCAUCCCAUGGGGAUGGCCCAUGAGCCCUUCCCUGCUGCCCCAGCCCUGCCAGCAGGGAUAGGGGGAACCAGGCAGGGUGGGCACUUCUCCACCCCAUCAACCUCUGUUCUUCCAUCUGCUCACCUGUCUGUCUCUGCCUCCAUCCACCCACCUACCCUGGGGGUGGUCACCGGUCCUGGGCACAGGGACAUGCCUGUCCUUUGCUGCUGUGUUCCCAGAGGUGGUGGCCACUGGGUGUUGUGGUGUACCAGUGCCUGAGCCAAGGGAGUAGUACCAUCUCCCAAGGGUGACAGGAGUCACGUUGCCAUGGUGCUUGGUGCCACUUUGUCCUCUUGGGGCAAUAAAGGCGUCCAUUGCCUUGGGUGCAGAGUGCAGGCACGAUAGCAGCAGGGGACAGAAGCUCACCUUCAGGAGCAGGAUUCAGACGUGCCCCAGCCCUCCACCCAAAAAUGCCAAAGCCCUUGCAGCCCGUCUCGCUCCUGGUCCUGCUUGUCCUCGCUGCCACCACCCAGGGACAGUCUGACACGGGCCCCAAGGUGCUGCAGCCGUGGCUCAUUGGCCUCACGGCCGUCGUCGUCUUCCUCUUCAUCGUCUUCGUGAUGCUGCUCGUUAACCGGCUCUGGAAUCUCAGGAGGCACAGGAAGGAGGGCGACUACCCCGAGACCCUGGCGGCUGACAGGCUGGGGCGCUCCGGCCACAUCAACCCAGCAGCUGAGGACGGGGAUGAGCCGAGCGACGACAAGCAGCAGAGCAAGGCCACGUCCCUCUGAAUCCCCCCGUGCUCCUCUGCCCGCUCCGGAGCACCUCUGACGGGCGCCGCACCGUCACCCCGUUCGCGGGGCGGGGAUCCGCGCCGGGUUUUUGCGACAGCCGUGGCCGCCAUGGCACCGCCCACCUCGCGGGCGCCCCGGCUGUGACCAAGACCCGGCGCGGAUCACCCGCUCGCCGGAGCGGAGCGGGGAGGGCGGCGGCAGGGGACAGCAGCGGAGCCUGCCCGUGUCCCCCAACCCUGGGCCAGUGGGGUGUCCCGGCCGGGGGAACGAGGACAGCCCCCUCAGACGUGCCCAGUAAAAGUUUCCCUAGCCUA